AUGAGUACUGCGGGAGUUCAUCCUCUGUCCUCUGAAAAUCAAAACCUCAACAUCAACACUUCGCGUCGAACUUAUGACCUGUACAACUAGGAAUAUGAUAUGCUGGCUCCUGUAGAACUUGUACACGAAUCAUCACAUGAUAAUGUUCAUUUUCUUACACGACAUACUUACAUCAGUUGCACUAAAACUAUGCAAUAUUGUCUCUUAGAUGUUCUUGGUUACUAUGUUGAACUCUGAUGUUGACAGGGACACACAGAUUGCAUCUUGUCGUCUUCUAAUAAGUUUUUGUUCCAAUCGGAGGUAACAUCAAGAGCACGGUGGAGACGGAUGUUCUCGAUGUUCCAGUCCUCGAUGCGACGAACUUGGUGAUACCAAAUCUCCUAUUGGGGGAUCCUGUGCAGGCACUCGUGGUAGGCCCAGAGGGUACACUACUCUUAAGGCCGUCAACGUACAUUUAAUCUUUAGCCGAAGGACCGACAAGGAGCCACGAACAAGACCAUGGAUGUGAUUAACAAAAGUCCUAAUUUGAUUGCAGGUGAUAUUGCCUCUACUAGCUGCACUGGCGUAUCACAAAUUCAAGAGUAGGAACGGAAAAAAAUACGGAACAAUAGCCAGAGCUAAAGAGUAGAUAUUUCUCGUCUACAUCAGGUGGAAGUAAUUACGAACUUCAUCUACUUCUAGCAAGUGUAGUAAUUAUGGUGAACGCUAAUAAUGCCUCCCGUCUACCAGGAAGGCAUCGAGCCAGCACCACUAUUGGUCUACGAAGAAGAACAGGAGGACGAGGACAACAUACCUCUAGACGAAGAUGUGGAAGAAAAUGUAGAGCCAGAGGGACGGGUCGACGUGAGGGACGACAGUGCUGCAGGUGUGGCUGUAGAGCCAGAUGUAAUCCUAGUCAAAGAAGGCAGUGUAGUUGAUGUGGACACCAGAAAAGUACUGGAGGUCGCAGCGGGUGAAGAAGCGUUAGAGGGCCUUGAAGAGCGCCAACAAACGCGACAGGUAGAGGUCGCAGCGGGUGAAGAAGCGUU